AUGGAAGUUUUCAUGGAUGACUUUAGCCUCUAUGGGAACUCAUUUUCUGUAUGUUUGUCAAACUUGUGCAGGGUCCUUCAGCGGUGUGAAGAGAAGCAUCUCGUGCUAAAUUGGGAGAAGUGUCACUUCAUGGUGCGAGAUGGGAUUGUUCUAGGUCACCAAAUCUCAGAAAAAGGAAUCGAAGUGGACAAAGCAAAGAUAAAGGUGAUGAUGAGUUUACAGGCUCCAAACUCUGUCAAAGGAAUCAUGAGUUUCCUCGGACAUGCUGGUUUCUACAGAAGGUUCAUCCAGGACUUCUCCAAAAUCGCAAGACCACUCACUCGACUGCUCUGCAAAGGAGACAAAAUUUGA